CUACCACUACCUUGAUUUUUUUUUUUUUCUUUUCAGCAUCCCUGCUGCCUUUUUCAGUCUUAGGUCCCUCAAGCCUUCCUCACAAACUUUCUUUGCAGAGGGCACAGCCGUAGUCACCAAGAAGAAAAGAAGAUAAAAAAAUUAAAGAAAAGAAAACAUGGUGGCAUUAAGCCCGUAGCCUUUUUCUCAGUCCACCAUCCUCAAAACACCCCUACGACCAUUCCCAAAACGCCCCUGCCUCCGUCUCCCUCCCCCGUCCGCUCCAAGAGCCGGGGCCCAGCGCAUGCUAGCCACGCUGGUGCACGUUAAGGGUUUCUAGGGUUAGGGUUUCUGGAUCUUGCUCGCUGCCGCCGAUCGUAAAAAUGGGGGUUUCUUCUCCAAUUUUUUGAGUGAAUUCCUCGAGGGGGAUUUAUCAAAUAGGGCUUUUGUUGGGAUCAUCGAUCGGUUUCGUCUAAAUUAGGUUCAUUGGGGGUCCCUUUUUUUUUUCCUUGCGGGUUGGAGGCUUUGUUUUCUUUCUCAGUUUUUCGUAGAAUCUUGAUUCGAUCGGUCAUGUCGGACGACAUCGUGAUGCAUCUCUCUUCGAAUUCCAACCCUUCGGAUCCGUCACUCCCCUCGAAGCUCGCGAAACUCGAGGCUCGCAUGGUGGGGAAGAGCGCUUCGUCACCGUCGGUUCAGUCGGCGAGGCAGUCCGCUCCUCCUCCAGUGAGGUUCGCAGAGCAUGAGGAGUUGCCGGAGUCCUCAUCUUCCGAUGAUGAUAAUGGUGGGGAAUUUUUGAUACAACACAACACUCAGAAGCGACACAGAAUUGAAGAAGAUGGCCCUAUCACAGCUCGCCAGCAGUCUGAGGGAGCAACUGAUGAAAGGGCAAAGGCUACAGAUUCCAUUGACAUCAGACCAAGCUCAGAUGAUUCAAAUAGGAAAAGGCAGGGGCGUGGUAGGGGUCGUGCUGUAGCAGGCAGAGGGCGUGGCGUGAAGGCUGCUGAUCAAAUACGAUCCUCAUCAAAUUCGUCAAUAGUUUCAUCUAAUGGACAGCUUGAGAAGUUGUCACUCAAGGAAAAUUGGUCGAGAGUGCACCUUGGCCAUGAUGAGAGGGCUGCUUUACAGGAAGAGAUAUCAUUGUUACAUAGGAAGGUUGCAUCGUUGGAGGAGGAGCUAAGUAAAUCAUGCCAGGAAGCAGCAGAUUAUCAGCAACUUAACUGCCAGUUGGAAAAGGAAAUGAAAGAUCUUAAAGAGCGUGAUCAGCAGAUGAAUAUUAAGCGGAUAAAAGUGCUAUCUGAUUUGCUGAUAUCUGUUUCGAAAGCUGAAAGGCAGGAAGCAAGGAUGAAGAUACGGCAAGAAUCUUUGAGGCUUGGGAAUGUUGGUGUUAUCAGAGCUGGGACUGUUAUUUCUGAGACAUGGGAGGAUGGUCAGGCAUUGAAGGAUCUUAAUUCUCAUCUUAGAUCUUUGCUGGAGAUGAAAGAGGCGAUUGAGAGGCACAGAAAAUCACUUAAAAAACGGCAACAUGAUAAGGGUGAUGGUAGUGAUGUGGAAAGUGGUAUGUCAGAGGAAGAUUCCCUUAUACAGGAUGAGAUUUGUAAAUCUCGCCUGGCAAGCAUCAAACGUGAAGAAGAAUAUUAUCUAAGAGAGAGGGAUCGUUAUGAAGUGGAAAAGGGAAGGCUGCUACGUGAAAUGAAGCGAAUACGGGACGAGGAUGGAUCACGCUUCAACAAUUUCCAGAUUCUUAAUCAUCGAUAUGCUCUCUUGAACCUUCUUGGGAAGGGAGGUUUUAGUGAGGUUUACAAGGCAUUUGAUCUGGUGGAGUAUAGAUACGUUGCAUGUAAGCUUCAUGGUUUGAAUGCUCAAUGGAGUGAAGAGAAGAAGCAAAGUUAUAUACGCCAUGCUAUUCGUGAAUACAACAUACAUAAGACACUGGUCCAUCUUCAUAUUGUGCGGCUAUGGGACAUCUUUGAGAUUGACCACAACACAUUCUGCACUGUCUUAGAGUAUUGCAGUGGGAAGGAUCUUGAUGCUGUCCUUAAAGCAACGCCUAUUCUUCCUGAGAGAGAAGCUAGAAUUAUAAUUGUUCAGAUAUUUCAAGGCCUGGUCUAUUUGAACAAGAGACCUCAAAAGAUCAUUCAUUAUGAUUUAAAGCCUGGGAAUGUUCUCUUUGAUGAGGUUGGUGUUGCAAAAGUGACAGAUUUUGGUCUUAGCAAGAUAGUGGAGGAUGAUGUUGGAUCUCAGGGUAUGGAACUGACUUCCCAGGGAGCUGGAACAUACUGGUAUUUGCCCCCAGAAUGCUUUGAGCUCAGCAGGACACCACUAAUAUCAUCAAAGGUGGAUGUUUGGUCAGCUGGUGUAAUUUUGUAUCAAAUGCUCUUUGGUAAACGUCCGUUUGGGCAUGACCAGACCCAAGAGAGAAUUCUUCGUGAAGACACUAUUAUUAACGCACGCAAGGUGGAAUUUCCUCAGAAACCAGCUGUCUCCAGUGAGGCAAAGGAGUUAAUUCGUCGGUGUCUGACGUAUAACCAAGCAGAACGGCCAGAUGUUUUAACCAUUGCUCAAGAUCCUUAUCUCUCCUAUUCGAAGAAGUAGAGAUGUAUAUUCAGCCUGAGAGAUAUUUAUACAGAAGUUUAGACCGAGUUAUGCUUUGUAGAUGAUGUAAAGCAAAUGCUCCUCUUUGCUUCUAUCUUAGAGGUUCUCUUGUAAAAGAACAUAAACCUUUUUUUCUUUUUUGAUAUGUACUUGUGUAAAAAUUUUAUCUUUCAUCUUUUUGGUAAUGAAAAUGAGGCAACAAUUGCAGCAA